UCAUUCAGUAUCGGUCGACAAUGGUCGCGUUCGUAAGCAGUAUUUUGGUUUCGCUGUUGCUCAUCAGCACCGUUGAUUUCGCUCAAUGCAAAUCGCGACAGUAUGCUAUGCAAUGUGCGAUAGAUAUAUAUGGAGCUUUACCUUCAUCGGCUUCGACGGUCCAAUCAUAUAAAGCAAUCCUACGCAAUAGUUCAGCUACAACAUUUUCCCUUUCGAAUGAUGCCGAAGCUGACCAUAUCUGGAUGUUUGUCAGGCAUGGAACUCGUAGACCAAAAGCAGAAAAGAUCGCCGAAUUGAAGGAAUUAGAAGAAUUGCGUGAUGAAAUCGUCCAAAACUUUGCGAAUAAAAGGCAUAUACCCUUCUGCGAACGUGAUUGGGAGCGGCUAAAGCAGUGGAAAUGGGACCAUGGCAUCACUGAUGAUCAAGCGCAAAUGCUGACUACACAAGGCCAGGAUGAGAUUCGAUCCAUUGCGCAAAGCUAUAAGCGAAAGUUUCCUCAACUUUUCGAUGGUCCUUAUGAUCGGUCCAAGUUCAACUUCCAACAUACUGAAGCGGAACGCACUCGGGACAGCUUUCAUGCAUUUGUUGACGAGAUAUUUGGUGAAAAUGCACACACACAAAUCAAUGCCGAACCCACGGAGGCAACACAAGCAUUACUCAAGCCAUACAAAACAUGCGCUGCAUUCAUAUCGCAACAAGAAAAUUUGAAGGAGCCAGACUCGGAGCUGAAAAAAUUCCAAGACUCAAAAGUAUUUAAAAAAGCAAUAAAAGAUAUAAGCAAACGCUUAGGUUUUGAUGAAAAAUUAAAAAAGAAGGGAAUAAUGAACAUAUUUGACAUGUGCCGCUAUGAACAAGCUUGGAAUACGACUACGCAGAGUAUCUGGUGUGCGAUGCUGACACCUGAUGAGGUAAAAGUCCUUGAAUAUGCAAAAGAUUUAAGCGGUUAUUACGAAUUUGGCUAUGGUUCGGAAAUGAAUCGAGGCAUUCAAUGUUCGACGGUUCGGGAUAUGGUUUCACAUUUGGAAUCGAAUGCUGAUCCACGUGUCACCGUCUACUUUGGUCACUCGUCGGCUUUGUUAUUGCAUCUCACAGCGAUGGGAGCGUUCGAGGAUGGGCAGAAACUUACAGCCAAAAACUUCCAAAAAUUACCUGAACGCAAAUGGAGUACAAGCAAAAUGAGCCCGUUCGCUGGGAAUCUCGCUGCCGUUCGCUACACCAAUAAUAAAGUUAAAUUUUUCUUGAACGAAGAGUUGAUCGAAUUCAAGUGGUGCGAAAAUGGAGUCUGUGACUUGGAGCAAGUCAAAAACCAAUACAAACAUUUCAAUAAUUGUGAGAAGACUUCUUGUCCGAAAGAAGAUGCUGAUCCAAUCGAAUCAUUCUUUGGUUCAAUUAUUAGGCCAUUGUUUGAAUAACAUAUUUUUCAUCUUAAAUCAAUAAAUAAACUUAUUUCUAUCUGCA